AGAACGCAUUAGACCCAUGGAGGAUACCAUAGCUCCGUGAUUAGACCUUGUACAAGCAAUAUAAACUAUCUGAUUAGUGGGUAGAAAGUUUUUUCAAUCACGCCCUGCUAUAUGCUUAUUGGCCGACUACAGAGAUUUAGGAAGUCUCUAUAAACACCAUGAAAAAAUGAUUUCUGACCAGAUCAGAGCGGAUUGUUGAUUCAGAAAGACUGGGAUACCCGAGUUGAAAUUAGUUUUACUGCAGUGCCUUGCAGAACUUGCUUCUCGCUGGGAUAUCGUAUUCGUUUAAAUGAUUUAAAGAAGAGAAGAAAUAUUAGCCUCAGUCUUAGUAAUCAAAUUACUUUGAUUUCAUCAAAUUAUGCGACUGAUCGUUUUUAUUGAAAGAUACUCAACUCGACAAAGGCCUACAUCAAACUUCGAGAUGUAUUUCAUGUUGGGUUGAAUCCUAAUACAAAGUUUACCUCCAUUGAUCUAUCUGCGUGGAAAUUGGCUGUUAUUUAUUGCACAUAUCUCGCGAAUCAUUUUCUAAGAACACUCUGUUGAUUGAGGACCGUCAGAGAGUUUAUUUUUAUCAUCGAAUGUUCUUUCGCGAUGUUUAGACAUCACCUCCGCAGUUACAUGGGUGAGCGAGAUUAAUUCCAACCGGACAUCUCUAUUUCGACCAUUUCGACUCCAUAUAUAUCAAGACCCGGACGAACGUCAUAUUCGGCGUUCAAUCUCUGACCUGUCAUUGACGGCUGUCAGAUUCAUUCCGCUCGGCACCUAUACCUGAUUUUUAGGAGAGCAACGCGUUCACCCAAAACAAGCAAAACGCGUUCACGUUUAUAAGGCGAUGCUCGCAGAAACGACCUCGGUUCGCAGGAGAGAGAAACCGCCACAGUUCACAGUCGACCGCCGAGCCAUGAUCAUCGAACGCACCAUGCAGCAGCCCCCGCCGCCAGAGUACGCGACCUUCGUCGAGAUGAAACACAUGGCGGGAAAAGUGGCUGUUCUCCGGGAGAAAACCUGGGAGCUCUACACCAAACAGAUGACCUUGGAGAAGAGUUUCACCACCACGGGAGAUGGUUUCUCGCAGCUGAAGUCCCGAGUGAGUAGCUGCCACUCGGUGAGCGUCAAGCUUAAGAAAGAGAAUUGUGGGAUCGAACGUGAGGUGGGUGAACUACGCGGAGGGAUGAGAAGUUUGGCAAAGAGAGCCGACACCCUCAACAAACGCCUGGAUGAAAUCGAUCAACUUAUCCUGAUCAGGAAGUCAAGGAAUGGCGAAGAUUUCAAGAGAUUUGGACGGAUUUUCCCGCCAACUGGACAGCGCCUGUCACUGAGGAGGAAAGUUGGCUCAUUUUUAGCGACAUAGACAAGAAGAACUUUAGAAAGGACUUUCGUCAUCAAGACUACAUCUUGGUAAUUUAUAUCGUUGAGACAAAUAGGAUUGUGGUGUGCAGACAUUCAAAUUUGAAACGACCAGUGAUCUUAUUCAAGGUAGGCUGGAAGAAAAGUACACAAUCAUUUAGACGGAUGUUCGAUUAUCUGUUGGCCAGAAUCGACUGACUGGACACGCUUGAUGCUGUUUCUAUGGCAACACGUCAGUUUUAAUCUCGCACCAUCAAAGAGUUUUCGACCAGAAUCUGUUUAAUAAGUGAGCAGAGCAUUUUCCGGCAAGAAAAGGAGGUCCACAGCUUUUUGUUCUUCGAAAGUUAUAUAUUCUUAUUUUGUACAAUCUAAAGAAUAUUGUGGUGAUGGUUACUUAUUGAUAACUAUUCAAUUGUAUAAUAGACAAUAAUUUUGCAUGCAAUUAAUACUUACAUCACAAAAAGUCUUUCGAUAUGUGGUUUGGGCAUUGACCUAUCGAGAAUUUCAAAGAUAAAGAGCAACACUCUUCUUUGUAAUUUGUUUGAUUGUAUAUAAUUAUGACAAGAAUCACUUAACAAUAUUUUAUAAUUAUUUGAAGUUGUCGCGAUGUAAUCGCAAUAAGAGUGUUUUGAAAUUGAUUUAAAUAUGCUGAAAUGAACCUUUGAAAAUAAAGUGAAGAACGCCCUCCAAAGUAACCAUAGUAACAUAACGUUGGCACACGAUUGGAAUUGAUAGUUGAUUUUAUGAUUCACCUUUGGUCUUAAGUGUAGUUUAAACCUCGUUGAUUUUUCAAGACAUCAAAAAACGUGAUACAGGAUUUCUUUGCGUGCAUUUAGGUUAAUGUUAAACCUCGAUUUGUUAAAAAGAACAAUAAUUACGAUUACACCACGUUGUAUUAUCCGCAGUAAUUUAUCAGGGCAAUAUCUCCCUCCCUGUUUAAGAAUGAGACAGAAAGUCCGCAUCAAGAUUUCUUUUUUACAACAAAGGUAAAAAUGUAACUAGGAAAACAUUACUCUACAGUUAAGUUCCGUUUGGUCAAGCCAUUCGAAUUUGUUUUACAUUGAUUGAUAUUCAUUCAGUUCAUGAUGUCAUUUAGGUCAUAUUUAAAAGAACAUAAAAAAUGUCAAAUCUAUCUAACACAAUGUAGAAGAAUUCAUGAUAACUUUAUCUAAGUUGUUUGUAACGUACGUGAUAUAGGUUCUUUCAAGGUCGACGAUCUCUGGGCCCUACGGGUUCGAUCUAGGGGUGCCUAUGACGUCAUGGAGUUGCCAGGCAAAAAUUUUCUCGAGUAAAAUCAACUUCACACAAGAGUUGAACCGAACGUCUCUUCUCCUCUUCAGGAAAAUAAAUCGAAUCAAUUGAAAAGAGGAAAUUGUGUUACGGAUUACGACUACAAAUAGCUGCGCCGUGUUGAAAAGUGGUUUAUAGUUUGCAUGUACAGAGGUGAUAAAGUCAGAUUAGCCUGUUUUAAUCCUGUGGAUCUGAAUAAAAUACUCUGAAAUAUAAUAUGGAGCUGCUGGGUAUUGAUAAAAUUUCUGUUAAUUACCACCUUGCUCAGAAAAUUGUUUAAGAGCUGUUCAUAGUACGACAUUAUUGACAUGAUUGAUAGAGGUUUUUCUGAAACCCUUUCCGCAUGGAGUGACUUGUACGUAAAGAAGCAUUGACAUUAAAUAUUAGUUAUUCCUUAGUUUGUUUGUCUCAUGAAAUAAUGUGCUUGGAUUCCAUGGAAAUAUGAUAGUUUACUACUCUCUCUGUCGAAAAUUAUGUUGUUAUUUUUUUUAAAUCAUCGUAUAGCUAAUUAGCUGUCUGUAUGCCUAUACAUUAUUUUGUUUCUACCCGUAUUCUAUUGUAUUUUGUAAAGUGCACAGGUGUAUUUAGCGAUUAUGUCUGUUUAAUUUUAAUUUGUAAACUCUUCAACAGACGUGCCAAAAUUCAAACUGAAAUUCUAUGUAUGCACUAAUAUAGAAUGCACAUUAUAGCAAAUGACGUCGAAUUCGUACUGAGCUAUAUAAAAAGGGAAGGGGUAUUGCGACUAACUAUAGGUAAAAGAGUGAUUUUGACAGCAACGAAACUUCGUCAAAACUCUUGUGCCUGUUACAGUGAGUAAUUUUUGUGGCAUUGUUGCCAUGGUUUCCUAAUGAUCUGUCAUUAGCAGUUGUAUUCUAUUCCUGUCUUUGUUCUAACCUGACAUCUUCUUGUUGGAUUUAAUCUUGUCCAGGUUAAAACUUAGUAAGAUAUUUGUCACUUGAUAUAAAGUUUUGUGUCUGUUCUUAUUGAAAUUGAAUAAAAUUUGUUUAGUGUUUCUGUUUCGAACAGGAUGGUCCAAGCUAGGUAUGAAAAUGUGAAACACAUGUUCUUUCCUUAUGUUCAAUUAUUCUUCCGACAUUUUUUAGGAAUCUAGGGGCUAAAAGGAAAUGUGGUUAUGCUGAUUUUAAUCAACCAAUCCCCAGAGGUCCUUGCUAUUCUCCCCUCCCUGGGCAAAUGUUUUUAUUAUUUUAAUGACAGAUUCCUGUUUCUUCAUCUUCUCUUUGUCUGUAUCUUUUUAAGUAUCAUUUUUUUGGGUGUGGUUCUCUUGCCAUAAUGAGAGUGUUUCUUCCACGCAUUUCCAGUUUCAGUUUCAGGUUUGUAUUUUUUAAAACUUUAUUAUUGAUCAGAUUAUCCAAUUUAUGAAUACUUGAAUACGACUGUGUAUAAUACGAUAGUGAGUAUAUCAUAAAAUUGUAAAAAUAAGAAAAAAUCAUAAUGCAUUAUAUCAAAAUGGUUUGUUUCAAAGACGAUAUCAAAAUGGGGUCCGUGUAACUUGAGACGCAAAUUAGUUUAAAAAUUAAGGGAAGAUGUCCGAGUCCAUGACAAACAAUAAAAAAGAUUUAUAUGAAAUUUAAUAUUAAUUAUACCGUACAUCUUUAUUUUUCGUGUUUCCAGAGUUUGUAGAGAUACGAAUUCUUAUAGGGAUAAACGGUACCAUCUACCACUUCACGCUCUUGCACUCGGCUAGGAAUAUAAUAUUACCUUUUUUCUGACAGUUGCGUUCCCGAUCUUUUUACGCAACCGGAAAAUGAAAUCAUAAUCUUAAUGACUGGGUUGAAGUACGAAGUAGGGCACAUCUAAAAUUAGGUCAACACUUUUCACUUGGCAAGCAUCGAUCUGGAAUUAAAUGAAAUACGGUGACGAGGCUGAAAUACUCUGAUAGUAUGAAAUACGAUGGUUUAUAAUGAUUAUGAGAUAAUACACCACCGGAUCCAGAUGCUAUAUUAGGCGUAUUAAUAGUAGAAAUAUCGAGAGGGCAUUUUACAGGAAAUAAUAUAUUUAAACAUUUAAUUUAAAUGAUGAAGUACUAAAUGUCUUGUGGUCAUUAUGUUGCACGCUUUUCUGACUGAACCGAAAUUCUUUUUGACAAAAUGGUGCAAUCGUAUAUGUGAAGAAUAUACAUGAUGAUGAGGAAAAUGCUUGUAUAUAGUGUGCAAUUGAAAUAAAAUAUGAUAUUGUAGAGU